AUGGAUGAUGGAUCCAUAGUGGACCACUUUGAACGCGUUGGUUGCUUCAAGGAUAAGCCUGAACCAAAACGCGCUUUGCCCGAACCUCUGCGCAUUAAUAAAUUUGUAAAUUGGACAGACAUGAAUAACUCAUAUUCAGAGAUCAUUCGCGCGUGCGCUGUCGAUGUUUCUAAAGCCGGAUUCCGAUAUUUUGGUAUUCAAAAUGAGAGGGAAUGCUGGAGCGGCGUGAAUGGGAGCGUCACUUACAACAAGUAUGGAAGAAACAACAAUUGUGAUUUACUCAACGGAAUAGGAAAAUCUUGGUCAAACUUCGUCUAUCGCUUUGUGGAAGUAAAUGGUAGCUGGAGUCAUUGGUCACCAUGGCAACCAUGUAAUUCAACUUGUGGCGGGGGAUACAGAUCACGUGUUCGAACAUGCACCAAUCCGAGGCCCAAAUGGAACGGACUGGAUUGCAACGGAAGAAGUAUUUCUAACGGAAGCUGUAAUGUGCACAGUUGUGCAGACUAUGAAAAGAGUGAGACUCAUAGUGAACCCUUCUCUAAGAGAUCAUCUCUGCCACUUGUUGGCCUGUGGUUGGGAAUUUCACUUGUGGUUCUUCUGUGCUUAAGUGGAAUAUUAUGGAUCACUUUGAGAUUUUCCAGAAAACGUUGGUCCAACUCAGAGCUCGUGGAUCCAUUUGAAAUUGUUUUUGACGACAUUUCUCUGUGUAAUCUGAUUGGAGAAGGAGCCUUUGGAAAAGUGUUCAGCGCUGAGUUGAAUAAACAGAUGGAAACAGGAAAAGAAGGAAAAUCAUCUGUAGCUAAGACGAACAAGCAAAAACUUCCAAAGCAGAAAUACCGGAUUGUUGCAGUCAAAAUGCUACGAGGUGGUGCAACAGAGGAACAGAAAGAAGAAUUUUUGGAGGAGAUAAAACUCAUGAAACUGAUCGGAUAUCACCGUCAUGUACUGAAUUUAUUGGCCUGCUGUACGAACACUGUUCCAAUGUUUCUGGUGACUGAAUUUGCUAAAUACGGCGAUUUACUCAACUUUCUCCGGAAACGGAGGGAGCAGAUCAAACAAGCAAUUGAGGAAAUGGAAGCAGCGAAACUGUACCAGUCACGAUGCUGUAACUUAGGACUAAGUACCAGUGAAGCAAACCUAUAUGACUCUACUGACGAUAUAGAUAAAUAUACUACUGGUCUUGGGAGCUUUUGCAACAAAAAUGGAUACGGAAGUAAUUUGAAGACAGAUCCUAACAUAUUAUAUGAAGAUGACACUCUCAGACCCGCUGAUCUUUUGGCGUUUGCAUGGCAAAUAGCGCAGGCAAUGGAGUUUUUGUCGCGCAAAGGAUUUGUCCAUCGUGACUUAGCAGCUAGAAAUGUUUUGGUUAGUGAAGGCAAGAUGAUGAAGGUAGCAGACUUCGGACUGUCACGUGAUGUGUACACAGAGAAAGUUUACCACUCCACUAAAACUAAAAAGCUGCCAAUCAAAUGGAUGUCACCGGAGGCCAUUCAUGAUCAGGUUUUCACGACAGAAAGCGACGUAUGGUCAUUUGGCAUCCUACUCUGGGAGAUGGCCACAAUUGGUGGUACUCCUUACCCCACCAUCAGCAAUCAGAGAAUUCUUAAAGCUUUGAAUUCCGGAUACAGGAUGGAAAAACCACAGAUCUGUUCUGAUGAAAUGUACGAACUAAUGCGACAAUGUUGGCGAGAAAAGCCCUCGGAGAGGCCAUCGUUCCCCUUUAUUCGGGAACAACUUGAACGAAUGAUGUUGAGCCGAUCUCCUUAUUUGGAAUUAACUGACGUAAGCUACACUCACGUGGCUUAUUCUGAAACUGAUAGUGACGAAGAUACGAUACAGGAAAACACCGCCUUGUAAAUUGAUGCUGUAAACAUCCAUAUUUGGAUCGAUGGAUCAUAUGAUUUUGUAAGCAGUUUUGAUACUGCAAUUCGACAUAGGACGUCAAUCACCCUCAAAAAAGACUGGAGAGAAUCUGAGAGAGUUUGUAAAAACAAAAUUCCCGGACAACUCUACGGGAAGAAUUGACUAUAAAACGAGACUGUGACGCCAACAGCUGUAAAAUGCUACAAGUAUUUUGUCUUGCAAGACCUUUUCUUUUUCGAAAAAUCAAGUUUCUCACGAGAAACCACCCUCCUCCUUAAAAUUAUAUCUCACAGAUAAGAGGAUAUUUCACGCCAUGAAAUUUCUCACCCAAGUCGUUUAAGUGACAAUCGAUAGUCUAAGCGGGAUAGCAGUGGAAAAGAGGGAAAUAAAUUAUUAAGUUAACAAAUUUAGGCGAGCUCUAGAAUUAUUGUUAAAAAAAUACUGUGAUUCUCGAAGAAACGAAGCUUUUACACCAGUAACAUUAGCAGGAGACACAUACACGCAGUAGGUACCUAUUUAUUUUAUUUCUCAACAACUACUUCAAAUGGUUAUGUCUGACCCGGACAUAACACCUUGAAAAUGGAGAACCAGCGGCAAUGUAAACAGGUUGCUGUAUUUAUCAUUCUCAGUUUCGCCUAUGCCUAUAUUAAGCGUCCUAGAUCCUGUUGUUAGUUAUUGAUGAGGGUUUACCUGGUUGUAAUAAAAGCCGAUGUUCUAGCUUUAG